AUGAAGAAGGUACAGAUUGGCUAUGGUGUCGACGUCGACGCUGUAUCCGGAUGGAUCGGGUCAUAUGGCGGCGAAGACUCGAUUUGCGAUAUCUCUCGAGGACUGCAAGCUGGAGAAGUCAACGUUCAUCGAUUGCUCAAGAUGUUCAAAAAGUAUAACAUGACCCAAACCUUUUAUAUCCCAGGUCACUCCCUGGAAACAUUUCCCAACGAAUGUGCUGCCAUUCGAGACGCCGGUCAUGAGAUUGGACUGCAUGGAUAUUCACAUGAAGAGCCAAAUAAACUCUCUCCACAACAGCAGGAAGAUGUCUUCAACCACACCUAUGAUUUGCUCACCAAAUUCGUUGGCGAACCUCCCAAAGGAAUCGUGACGCCGAUGUGUCAGAUUUCAGAAGCCUCUGCACAGCUUCUCGUCGACAAGGGUAUGGAAUACGAUCACAGUGCGAUGCAUAGAGAUUGUGUUCCGUAUUACCUUCGAGUGGGUGAUCAAUGGGAAAAGGUUGACCCAAGCAAGCCGGCUUCGUCUUGGAUGAAGCCUCUUGUUCGUGGCAAACUCACUGAUCUAGUCGAAAUUCCCAUGAACUGGUUCCAAGACGAUUUCAUUCCUCUAACAUUCGUGCAAAACAUGCCCAACUGCGGUGGGUGGCAGGAUCCCGACACUAUUAUCAAGAUCUGGAAAGAGAGGUUCGAGUACUUUUACCGGGAAUACGACUAUUUCAUCUUCCCCAUGUGCAUCCACCCUGACGCUAGCGGUCAUCCACAUGUGAUAAUGGCCCACGAGAGAUUCAUUGAAUGGGUAAAUACUCACGAAGGAGUGGAAUGGGUUCCAAUUUAUCAGAUGGCCAGGACGUUUCGAAAGAUGUACCCCACGAAGGAGGAUUGGCUCAAGGCAGAGGAAGCCAAUGGAACGACUGUUUGA